AUCAUCCUGAGGGUUCGCUUUUUGCUGAUACAGUUGGCUUAUGAAGUAUUUCACUCGUAGGCUGCAAGUGACUGCAGAAAUGCCAGUCACCUGGCAAGCGUUUCGGGUGGAUAGCAUUGCCCUUGAGCUGUAAUUAGUCGGACUAGCUAGGCAUGAUGCCUCCGCCUGGGCGACGGCCUACGGCCGAAGUGUUACCCGGCAUGUCGUUACGAACUGCGAUCGCUCUAGUGCUAGGCGUUUGGGUAACCUGCACGUUAGUUAUGUUUCACCAGCACUCUUUCGUGGCCGUAUCUCGUUUCGACUACAGCGACCAUGUACUAGCUUUGACACCACCGCAGCUGCAAAUCAGCCAUUUAGCCGCAAUUGACACAAACGCUGCUCAGGGGGCAGCGAUGAUGCCCAUAGAGGAUGAUCCGAAGCACCCUUACGCUCUGGUCCUGGUCGCCAACUACUACAACUCCAGCGGCCUCUUCCUCUUGCGACCCGACAGCAAGCAACCCAUGCAACCGCUCGCAGUGUUGCAGACCGAGUGCGGCCACAGCUGGUCCGUCUGGCGCCAGGCCGGCCGGCGCUGGGCGGCAGUCGCCAACUACUGCAGCCGGCAGCCGCACACCGGCGUGCUGCUGUACGAGCUGGAGCCCCUGGCCGCCGCCAGCCCGCAGCAGCCCGACUGGGGCUUCCGAGCGGAGGCGGCGCUGGCGGCAGCGGGCGCCUCACACGCGCUGC